AGAACUUGUUCCCAAGUUCUAAAAAACCAACUUGAUUCUUGCUCUUUGGACAUGUCUUCUAUACCAACACCAUCUGUAUUCUCAGUCAAUCAAGGUUUUGGCAUCUUAGCUGAGGUCUCAUUUGCUCCUCAGUGGAAUGAGAGAUCAUGCUAAGUCUGUAGGGUGGCAUUAGCUACAUGAUUACUUCGAAGGGAUGCCAUGAGAGAAGGAUGCCUCAGCCUCAGCCUCAGCCUCAGCACUAAGAGAGUGAAACACUGUGCCAUGUGAAACUCCAUUUGCCUGAUGAUGAUGCCGGAGGAAGCUUUCCCAUUGGCGUCCAGGGGUUUGUGGUCGUGAACCGGACCGGUCUUCUCCUCUGUUGAUGACGUCGAACCCGGUCAAUUAAAUCCCGCUACUCAGCCCGAACCAAACCCGGCUCAAACUUAAGGCGUUAAUUUAACCAAAUCGGACCCCCAUCGCUCCGCCCUUUCUCCCCGUCCUUCACUACUUCCGCCCUUUCCUCUCGUCUCUGCCGCUUCUUAAUUCACGGAGGAACGCCUAGGGUUCCGCCCCGACAUCGCUCCCCUCGCCACCCCGCCAUGGAGCCGCGGCUGCAGCACCCCAAGAACGGCCUCUUCUUCUCUGAUCUCUUCGACUUUGGUUUAAAUCUAUGUUGAACCAUUUGCAAUUAACCGCCAAGGUUCGCGUUGAAUUGAGUCGGGUAGGAUGUCGCCGUGCAUUUAAUUGCGAUAGAUACGGCGUCGGGCUGCGGCUCGUGCCUCGCACUUCUGCAGCUUCCUUGCCGCUUCGGAAGCCUUUCACACAUGCGGAGCUGACUUCCUGAAUCCGCCCAAAUCAAGUUGAUGUCACGCACGCAGCUCAAUAGGGAACGAUUUCUUGCUUCCUGAGGAGCCCUACCGCACCGCAUUCGCCGUCUUGUGUUGGGUUCGGCCGGCCUGCCAAGGAAGCUUCUGAGGAGGAGGAACAGAGAGGAUCCAUGGCGACGGCGCUCUUGCCUUCAUCCCCCUUCUCCGACCGUCUCCGGAGAUCCUUCCCUGAUCUGAAAGUGAAAUCACUUGGUCCUUGGAUGUUUCUGCUUCUGUUUCUUGUCGUUCCGAACUUGGCUCAGUCCCAGAUACUCUUCCAGGGCUUCAACUGGGAGUCGUGGAGGCAGCAAGGCGGCUGGUAUAACUUCUUGAAAGACAAAGUCUCUGAUAUAGCCAACGCUGGAGUCACCCAUGUCUGGCUGCCUCCGCCCUCGCACUCUGUCGGCGUUCAAGGUUACAUGCCGGGCCGGCUCUACGACUUGGGUGCUUCCAAGUAUGGGAAUCAGGAUGAGUUGAAGACGCUGUUCGGUGCUUUCCACGACAAGGGAGUCAAAUGCGUGGCCGACAUCGUCAUCAACCAUCGUUGCGCAGACAAGCAAGACGGGAGAGGCAUAUGGUGCAUCUUCGAAGGCGGAACCGAUGAUGCCCGCCUCGACUGGGGUCCACACAUGAUCUGUAGGGACGACACACAGUACUCCGACGGCACCGGCAACCUCGACACCGGCGAGGGCUUCACGGCGGCUCCCGACAUCGACCACCUCAACACGCAGGUCCAGCAUGAGCUCACGGACUGGCUGAACUGGCUCAAGACUGACAUCGGCUUCGACGGGUGGAGGCUCGACUUUGCCAAGGGUUACUCCUCAAGCAUCGCCAAGAUCUACGUCGAACAGACGCAUCCAAACUUCGUGGUGGCUGAGAUCUGGAGUUCAUUAGCUUACGGAAACGAUGGGAAGCUAGCAUACGAUCAGAACGGCAACCGCCAAGGGCUGGUUAAUUGGGUUCAGCAGGUCGGAGGCCCAGCGACGGCCUUCGAUUUCACCACAAAGGGAAUACUACAAGCUGCCGUGGAAGGUGAACUGUGGAGGAUGCGUGAUCCCCAGGGGAAGGCGCCCGGCAUGAUGGGGUGGUGGCCGGAGAAGGCUGUCACCUUCGUCGACAACCACGAUACCGGUUCGACGCAAAGGUCGUGGCCUUUUCCUUCUGAUAAGGUCAUGCAAGGCUACGCUUAUAUACUCACGCAUCCGGGAGUCCCUUCCAUCUUCUACGACCACAUGUUUGACUGGGGAUUGAAGGAGAAGAUAACUCAGUUGGCUAAAACCAGAACACGAAAUGGAAUUCAUUCGGGUAGCGCUCUCAACAUUCUGGCCUCUGAUGCUGACCUCUACAUGGCAAUGAUCGAUGGGAAGAUAUUGACAAAGCUAGGCUCGAGAUACGACGUGGGGAAUCUCGUUCCUUCCAACUUCCACGUCGUUGCCUCUGGCAAUGACUACUGCGUGUGGGAGAAGAGAUGAAGACGAUGAUGAUGAAUCAUGGAAGACACUUUUCGCUUUUCUUUCGUUAACGUUUCUCAUGUGUGUUGUAAGAAAAAAAUAUCGUGUUCCCACAUGUACAUUUAUCCGUCCUGCUUGAGAAAAGUUAUAGAAAUGCUAUUUUAUAUAA